AGUCACCCUGACUCCUGUUUUCCUUUAGAACACAGGUGUUGCUAGCGGUUACGUUAGCAAGCUGUUGAGGUGCAAAUGAUACGCUAGUGCUGUUGAGAGGAGAUUUCAAACGAAGCUUUGUGUUCAGUUGUGGCUUGGCAAGAGUCUUUCGUCGAUUAAUGAAAAGUUUCAGAUUCAUUUGCACAGGAACUGCUUUUGAGAUUUCUGCCACCACCCUACAGCAGAGGCUUUCACUUCCACACCCAUUGUAUCGGUUAACCUCAGCAAAAAAAAAAAAACUUCAGUGUGGCUACAUAACCACUAUUUAGCCGUCAGCCAGUCCGGCCAAGGAUAACUACAGGAUGAACCGCUACAAGAACAAAGCACUGAACCCAGAAGAGAUGAGGCGCAGGAGAGAGGAGGAGGGCAUCCAACUCAGGAAACAGAAACGAGAACAACAGCUUUUCAAGAGGAGGAACGUGGACAUUCUCAAUGAAGAGGAAGCCAUGUUUGAGAGUCCACUGGUGGACUCCUACCUAAGCUCUCCAGUAACAGAAGGAGUCAUUACCAGAGACAUGGUUGAGAUGCUUUUCUCAGAGGAUCCAGAGCUUCAGCUCGCCACAACACAAAAGUUCAGAAAACUACUCUCCAAAGAGCCCAACCCACCAAUUGAUGAAGUUAUAAACACACCUGGAGUAGUGGAGAGGUUUGUGGAGUUCUUGAAGAAGAGUGUCAACUGCACAUUACAGUUUGAAGCCGCUUGGGCACUGACCAACAUAGCAUCAGGGACAUCCAUACAGACGAAGACGGUGAUUGAGGCAGGGGCAGUGCCAAUCUUCAUAGAACUACUUAAUUCAGACUUUGAGGAUGUCCAAGAACAGGCUGUGUGGGCUUUAGGUAAUAUUGCAGGUGAUAGUGCAGUAUGCAGGGACUACGUGCUGAACUGCAACAUCCUUCCACCACUAUUAAUGCUUCUCACCAAAUCCACUAGAUUGACCAUGACUAGGAAUGCAGUUUGGGCCCUGUCUAAUCUCUGCAGAGGAAAAAACCCUCCACCUGCUUUUGAAAAGGUGUCACCCUGUCUGCCAGUACUGUCCAGGCUUUUAUUUAGCAGUGACCCAGACUUGCUGGCAGACGCCUGCUGGGCGCUGUCCUACCUCUCAGACGGCCCCAAUGACAAGAUCCAGGCUGUCAUCGACUCUGGCGUCUGCAGGCGCCUUGUAGAACUGCUCAUGCACACUGACUAUAAGGUGGCCUCCCCUGCCUUGAGGGCUGUAGGAAACAUUGUCACUGGAGAUGAUAUCCAAACACAGGUGGUGUUGAACUGCUCAGCCCUGCCCUGUCUGCUGCACCUUCUCAGCAGUGCUAAAGAGUCGAUUCGCAAAGAGGCAUGCUGGACCAUCUCGAACAUCACAGCAGGAAACAGAGCACAGAUACAGACGGUAAUUGAUGCCAACAUCUUCCCAGUGCUGAUCGACAUUCUACAGAAAGCCGAGUUCAGAACCAGGAAAGAGGCGGCCUGGGCCAUCACCAAUGCCACGUCUGGAGGAACACCAGAGCAGAUCAGAUAUCUGGUGAACCUGGGCUGCAUUAAGCCACUGUGUGAUCUGCUGACGGUGAUGGACUCGAAGAUCGUUCAGGUAGCUCUCAAUGGGCUGGAGAACAUCCUGAGGCUGGGGGAGCAGGAGGCAAAGCAGGAGAACAAUGGCACUGGAGUCAACCCUUACUGCAGCCUCAUUGAAGAAGCCUAUGGUUUGGACAAGAUCGAGUUCCUUCAGAGCCACGACAACCAGGAGAUCUACCAGAAGGCCUUCGACCUAAUUGAGCACUACUUCGGGGUGGAAGACGAGGACAGCAGUCUAGCCCCUCAGGUGGACCAGGCCAACCAGCAGUUCCUUUUCCCCCAGCAGGAGGCCCCCAUGGAGGGCUUCCAGCUAUAAAUCAGCAUCCCUCUCCUCUAAAGUACACCAUUUACCCCCUCCGUACCUUUCUGUCUCAUGGAGGGCCCAUAGAUUCCUGAGUUGUACUUCCAAGCCCUCUUCCCAAAUCCGUCACCCCCCCCCACACACACACACACACACACACCCCAACCUCUACAAUCACCAUAAACACACACAAACCCCUGCCCCUUGGAGGAAGCCUAAAAAUGCUCUCGUCUCUCUAUACUCCCCAAGCAGUGGACUGACUUCUUGCAGGGUAGACUCAUGUGUUUCCUGACCAGUAUGGGAGAAUGCCACACAAACUCCAUUACAUGUAAAAGAGGAAGCGAUCACCUCAUAGCCCAAAGUGAGAGUCUGCCCUGGCUUAAUACGCACACACAGACAUCUUCCUGCCAUGUGAUAGCUCUUAGAUUCUCUCAUUGGCAGUAACGAUGGCUUCUUGGUUAAUAUCUUUAUAUCAAUAUCUUUCUUUUUUUUUCCAAUGGGACAUUCCUAUUUUCAGGACUACCCAUGCACCCUAAUGCAAAGUCUACAGACUGGGGUGCAUGAGGUGAAAUAUGCCCAGCUAUUGAUGUCAGUCUGACUUAGUGCAAUUCAAAAAGUACUGGUAACAUUAUCCCUUUUUAGUUUAUGAUUAGUUAUUUUCCCCCAGCCCUUAUUUAUCUGCUCCUUAUUAAUGCUUGAGAUUUUUUUUGGUUUUUUUUGUUUUCUUUAAUGAAGAGCGAUUGGUUUGCUUCUAAGAGGCUCUCUGAACAUUAGGCUUAGGGCUGGUUUCCACAUAUCUGCUGAUGGGGAAAAGAACCCUACCAAUAUGGGGGGUUCAGAGCCACAAAUGUCCACCGAGGGUCAAGGGCUGUCUACUGCCCUGAGUCUGAAGCCCAAGCUAAGAAGUGG